UUCUCCUCCCACCCCCUACCCGUCCCCCCCGGGUGGGCGGGGCCUCUCAGCCCUGCAUCAUCAUGCCCACAUUUCUGCAGUUUCACAAAGAGAAGAAGAAAAAACCAUCCGGACUACGCCGCCGCUGCUUCAUGUGUGAUCCUGCCUCCACCAAUCAGAAAGCACCGUGGUUCACAGGACAGGAAGUUACACGCUCAACCUUAAUGGAGAUGAACCCGAGUAGAGCGAUGACAGAACAGGGGAAAACGUCCAGAUGACACAGUCCAAAUAUGCUGGCAUAGCAGGCUGAAAGGUUCAUUGACAGCUCAACGUGUCCUUCUUCCUGCUGCCGCCAACCCAUCGUACCCUCCAGCCAUGUUGUUAAGGAGGAAGAUGUGUGUUGCCGUGAUAAUCGCUGCCAUCCUCUUCCUCAUGUUUGCCAGUCAGAGCAUCCAUAGGAGAAAUUUCCUGCCUCUGUCAUUAGCCCUGCCCAUCAGCCGUGCCACGCCCACCGGCAGGGAGACGUUAGUUGAAGAAACCACACCACCUCCAGCUGAUCUGACCCUUGACCCUUCCAGGACUACCUCUCCUCCCAUCAUAGAAGAACCAGAAGAUGCGGAGGAGAAAUCAGAACACUCGCUUUCAUGUGGUUGUACCGAGUCCUGUAUUUCAGACCUGGAAGGGUCAGAGUGGUUCAGCCAACGCUACGACCCCAAACAGCAGCCCGUCCUCCGAGAUACCGACAACAACUUUGACCAUGAUGCGCUCAGAUGGUGGCUGGGUCUUCAGCGGUCUGGUAAUGACCAGACUCUCGAGGACGUGAUGUCAGAGAUGUUCAAGGUCAUUUCGUCACCCACUGUGGACUUUAGGCCACUCCCCUCCCGCUGCCGUAGUUGCGCAGUGGUUGGCAACUCUGGCAAACUGCGACACUCAGGAAACGGAAACCUGAUUGACACCCACGAAUCCGUAAUCCGGAUGAACAAGGCGGUGACUCGAGGAUUUGAGAAAGAUGUUGGAAAUCGGACGACACAUCACUUCCUGUACCCAGAGAGCGCGGUGGACGUUGGACAUGGCGUUAGACUUGUCCUCCUGCCUUUCAAAUUAAGAGACCUGGAGUGGCUGACCAGCGCACUGUCCACUGGCCAAGUCAAAAUGACCUACAUGAGGGUUAAAGACCGAAUAGAAGCUGAUAAAGACAAGGUUCUGGUGGUAAACCCGGUGUUCUUUAAGUAUGUUAAUGAUCGUUGGACAGAGCAUCACGGUCGCUACCCGUCCACUGGCAUGCUGGCCAUCAUCUUCGCUCUCCACAUAUGUGACCAGGUAUCAGUGUUUGGUUACGGUGCCGACCAACAGGGGAACUGGCAUCACUACUGGGAGGAGAAUCGCUAUGCUGGAGCCUUUAGGAAAACUGGCGUCCACAGCGCUGACUUCGAAACGCAGGUCAUCCACCAGCUCGCCAAGGAAGGCAAGAUCAGUCUGCACCUGUGACACGACCACUGAUCUACAGACCUGGAAAUCUAUCGACUGAAUCCAGUUCAUUUUGUUACACAUUUGAACUUGUUAUUUUUGCAUUUCCAUUGGCAAAAGUUGUAGAUGAUACCAACAGAACCACUCUAGUCCGACCCAUGUUUUCGUUAUCCUCUGUUGAGGUUCCAUGCAAGCUGAGCCGAGACUAAAAGGUGGAAUUGACAGAUAUAAAUGUCUUGCUUUUUCUCAAAGCUUGUCUACCUGUUGUAGGCUAAUACCAUGUGUAUAGUGUAGGUUACUGUGUCAGUUCGUAAAUGCAGCUUCUCAAGACCAAGAAAAGUCUUUGACGCAGUGCCUGACAGACUUGUUGACUGAUGGACUGACCUGCUUACCGACCAGCAGAUAAUUCACCACUUAAUUGUUGAGAUCAAGAACCACAUCUCGUCUGGUAUCCAGCUGAGUCUGCUUUUUCAGUGUCGGUAGACUGCUGGGUGAGCAGACACUCAGCCAUAAUCAACCAAAUUGGAGCCGACUUUGGACCCUACAUGGCUGCCAGAUUUGGCUUGUUUUUGAGGGGAUUUGGACACAUGGACAGGAAUCAGUCCUGUGUAUUUCUUGCAUGUCAAUCAUUAUGUCUGCCCAACUGAAGCUGCGGUCGAGCAAAGACAUUUUUACAUAUCUGGAGAACCUGUGGACAGGCCCUUCAGGGGUGGGAGAAGCUAUACUUUCCACUUUCACCUGGUGUGCAGGGCUCAGAUGUCCUCUGUGCAGACUUCUGCUGGUUUAAAUAAGUUAAAUAAGUUCCAGCUCAACUUGAACAAACAGGCUGUUUUUUGGGACCCUCCACUGAUCACAGACAAACCGUCCUGCCAUCUGUGACUGCGAGGAUCGACCACACAAAUUUUGCUCUGAGCGGGAAACAACCACAGACUUUUUUAAUAUAUAUUUUUUAAUGGAUUUUAUAGACAUUAUACAGGGAUAACCUCUUUUUUUAAAUCAAAGCACUUUGCCAUGAAGAAAAAAUGGCACAAAGAGGCCAAGUUGUUGCUUUUCUGUCCAACCACAUUUAAAGACUUUUUGUAUUUUAUAUCAUUUAUAAUACAUCUACUGAAUCUUUUUGAAUCUUAAUGGAGACCGUCCUGAUCGGGAGGAUCUUUUUGUCCCGACAGACUAGAACUGGAAACGGGACAACAAAGUUUUUAAGUUUUCCAUCACUUCGCCAAGGAUGCUUUCUGUUUCUACAAUAUAUGGAUCUAGAAGCAGUGAGUGGGAGGAGCCUACAGUAUGUAAGCUUCUGCACAUGUUCCCUGAUGAUUCAACAGUCUGCGGGUUUUGAGCUGAUUUCACUGACUUUCCAAAAUAGGAACUUUCUAUUAGUAUUUGGUAUGUUUUAAAGGAUUUUCAGAUCCGUAAACAGUGACAAGGGUGGUAAUGGUAAGCAGUAAAGUCAAAGAUGUGACUUAUAAAGUGAGUAAAGCUGCAGAUUAUUCAACUUUGUGGACAGACAAGUCCUGAGAGUCACGGCUCUCUGAUGAGAGUGACAAAGACAAGGAGGCCGUGAGAACUUUUAACUAAAGAUUUAUUAAACAAAACUUAACAAGGACAAAGUCAAACAAUCCGUAACAUCACCUGGGUGUUCGGUGCAUGAAUGAAUGGAAUAUGUAGUGCAAUGUACUAAAGUCCAACCAAAAAUAACAACCAUAUGAAUAAGGAGAGACUGUCCAGUCCAGCGGGGAGCAGAGGAGCCAGUCAGCUGUCUGCUGGACUUUGUUAUAAACGACAGCGUUGUAUCUUUGAGAGGGCUGUCAAACCUGUACUGUGAAUGUACAAAAACAUUUGCUGAUUGUCAAUCACAGUUGUCUGAAUAUGUGUGGCUUCGUUUACACAAUGAGGAGUUUCAGGAUGUUUUUACACAGUUGGUUUAAGUCUGAAUCUGAGAGUUUCUUUCACCUGAGCUACUGAAAUCCUAUGUUGUACGUGCCUUUUAUUAAUACUACACAUCAACAAGAUGCAAUUAUGCCCAUGAGCCAGGAGAGAGUAAACAGCAGAACAAGCUACCAACUGGACUAGCUUUAUUUGGAUAGUCUGCCUACAGGUCGCUUAAAUUUGUAACAGUUCAACUCUCUUCAUUUUAUGUAGAGUAAACAUGACAAUUUCUGAACACACCAUAACAAAGUUAUUUUUUGUGCUUAAACCUAACCAAACCUAAACCACAGUGGCCAGAAAAGAGCUCAAUCUAAACUAAUAAGAUACUGAAAUGUUAUGAAUACUAAAAACUAUCUGUAGGCAUUAUCCAAACCUCAGCUGUCACGUUUAUAUGCACUGUUGCUGCUUGUCGACGUGUAAGAAUUGGUCAAAUAGUCUAAUAGUGCUUGAACCUGUUUUCUGCUUUACAAUUGGCAAUACAUACAACUGUAGCUGUGCCACAAAUGUGGAAUUUAAGUUUCCAGAGGGAUUAUAACUUGUUUCCGAUCUGAGACUACUACUUUCAGGUCGACUCAGGUAAAGGAAAGUUUUUGGCAAUCUGUUUCCAGAUUCAGACCGAUCGGACAAACUGCUGUGUGAAAUCACUCAGUGAAAAGCUCAGUCAGCUUCAAACAAACCUGCUGGGAUGACUGAGGGCUAUAUUAUGCAAGAAAAGCACUCAUUUGAACCCUGUCAGAGGUGUUGUCUGACCAUGUCCCAAGCCAAAAGACUUUAUAGUUGCUUUGAAAAAAGCCACAGCGGAAGGUGGAGUGAAAAGGCAGCAGUCUAGACUCCUCCUGGCUGCAUCACACCACCUCCCUGAGCUUAGUCCAACAACGUUGUCUCUUUGUAGUGCCAAUGCCAUGAAUUGUACAAAUGGGGAUAAUGGGCCACACUGUCAGACACACUCUCCUUGAAGUGAUAAAAAAAUGUCAGAUGCAGCUGUUGGAAAAGGAGGUUUCAGACGCUGUUAGACGAUCCCACAAGCACUUCGUUUGAAGCAGACUGAGGCCUCUAUAAAUAAUCAUAAAUGCUGAAUCAUUAUCUGGAUGCUGUUGCUCUGUCGUUAGCUUGGCUGCAGUUUUAAAGUUUAACCCUGUUUGUCUGGAAGAAGUUGCCUGUGCUCUUAAAACCCCCCGACUGCUGCGUCAUCAUAAGCUGUAGGUUAAUCGGAAACAUCUGCUGCUUGGGUUUUAUAGUAUCCCUUCACUUCUUGAGAUUUAACACUUUGCUUCGGAAAAAAUUCAAGCUGGGAAACUGGGAAAUGAUCCACUUCAUGAGGAAUGUUCAGCCACUAAAUGACAGAGCAGCAGCCCUCUGCAGUCCUGAGCUGGACAUAUAGAUGUUUUGGAAGUUAUAGUGAAAAGAUUUUACCUCCUCACACUGGUCGUGAGUUUAAAGCCAAACUUGUGCUUAUUAGAUUCCCUGGAGUUAAAUCAAAUCAACCUAUUAGCUACUGGUAAAUCCAUCAUGAAUGACAGUAUGUGAUCUGUAGAUUUAUUCACUGACCAAACAAGAUGUAUGUAUGACGUAUGUUCUGUUAUCAUAGCUUUAAAUCAGCUCAUCAUGUCUAAACUGUGACUGUUAGAUAAAGGAGAAAUGUCAGUUUCACUUAAACAAACCUGCUGAUCAUCACUUCAUUCAUUCAUUCAACAGAAGCACCAUGAGAUCUCAAAAACAAUAUAAACCCAUCACUGUCACUUUGAAUGAAAUAAAAAUCUGAAAUAAAAU